AUGGAAGGUGCAACUGCUGAGUUCACUGACCCCGCACAACAACGAAUUCUUCCAGCUCAGUUUGACGGAGUGAUGGCUUCUUUCCUGAACGAUUCCUUACGCUUCAUCGCUUCUGUAUUCUCUCUUCAUGUCGACGACCCUCCAACACCUCCCACCCUCGUCACGAUCCGAGGCAUCCGCUUUCCAUCUGAUCCUUCAAUAGAGCCUCACCUCUUGACCAUCACGACAACUACCCACGGUGUUGAAACCGGCCCCGAUGCUUGUUGGGGACAUAUCCCAGACCUCCGCCCAUACUGGAAGACAGAACAAGGGUGGCAAUGGCGAGACAUUGAGACAUUCCGUCUAGAGAACCAACCUUUGGCAAGCUGCAACGGACUCUACAUCUUGUUCUACUCCUUCGAUCUCGACAAUCUGCCCAAGAAUGAGAGGUUUCCCGAGGCCAUUUUCGGAAGGACUCGGUGCUUUGCUGGAGAUGCGUUUGUGUUCAAGAUCCAAGGCAAUGAGAUCGGGGAGGAUCUCGGAGAAGAUGGUUGGGCGGCCUGGCAGAAUGUGUCAAAGGAUAUUUUAAACUUGGAUAUCAUGAAGUUCUCUCAAUCCUCAUAG